GUGCGGAAUCGCGCAGGUUUUUUAUUAUUAUUAUUAUUUUUAUUUUUAUUUGGGAGGGGGAUGGGGGGGGGGCGUAUGACAGGAAGCUGGGGAUAUGGCGAGUAGAGGGGGACAUGGAGAGGAGGAGGAGGAUGUGGUCGAGGAGGACGACAAGAAUAGUGAGGACGACGACGAGGAGGAGCAGAGAUGGGGGAGGAGAAGAGAUGGACGGAGGGAAAGAGGAAGGGCGGGAGGAGGAGGAGACAUGAACGGAGAGGAAGGGGAGCACAUGAGGAAGGUAAGGCAUCGAGGAGGCAUGGAAGAUGGCGAAGUACUAGGAGGAGGAGGAGACAAGGAGGAUGAGGAAGGGCAGGAGGAGGACGAACAGGAGGAGACAUGGAGGGCAGGAGGAGGACGAAAAGGAGGAGACGAAAAGGAGAAGAGAGGAGGAGACAUGGAGGAGGAGGAAGGGGAGGAGAGGAAGGGGAGGAGGAGCAAGGUGAGGCAGCACUCCUGCAAAAAAACAUUUUCAUCCCGCUUAUAAUUUUUGUGGGGGGUCUCGAACGCACCGUUUCG